AUGGCUGUUCAAUUUCGUAAACGAAGAAAAAAUGCAUCGCCUGCUCGUCGUUCGCGGCCGCCGCGGCCCAAUUACAAACAUAUCCAUCGCUUCCCUCUCCCCGUUGAUGUCCAUCCUUUGCCGCCUCUGAUCCCUCAUAAUCCAUUGUCGAUUGUCAGCGUGCUGUUGUCCUAUUUGACAUACCUCAUUGCACCACCCAAACAGCAUGUCUACACGGCUUAUUUUGACUCUGCGACGUCAUCUGUCCAUGUCACGGACCCGAAGGCCAUCCGAGCUCUCUGGGAGAUGGGUUUCUUCGGCAAGGGUAAUCUUAGUCGGAGUGAACCGAGCUGGCUCGAGCGAGAGAAGAAGCGGCGCGGAUUGCUUGGUGGCACUACAAGUGAGGAGGUCACCCGGCAGCGCCGGACAGAACGUCGCGAAUUGAAGAUGGAUCGAGCUCGCAUGGAGAAGCUGGCCAUCCAAGAACGACUGAAGGCCGAAGCAGCCGCCCGGCAAGGCGACAAUUUGUCUGUCGAGCAGCCCUCUCAAUCGGCAUCCGCAGACACAUCGGCAGAGAAGUUCUCACUGAGAAAAGCCAAAGAAGCGAGGCUGUUGGACUCGCAGCGCUCAAUCACACAGAAUGGCGAAGCGCGCCCUCCCAACACACCCGGAGAGCAAAUCUCCAAUGGUAGCGGCAAAACCGUUCGAUUUUCCCCGGUUGUGCAAGCUAAGGAGUUCAUAUCCGACUCGGCUAUCCUGCAGCUUCCGGAGGUGAUAGCAGAGGAAGACAAGGCUGGCAAUGCAGAAGAGGAGCCCGUCUUGCAGAACGAAGAGCAUCUUCACCUGUCGAACGAGGAGGCCUUCUUUCUCGCCUAUGGACUUGGUGCACUGACGAUCCUGGACGACACACGCGAAGCCGUCAUGACGACCUCGGCUUUACUCCCCCUAUUCUGCCAGCAUGCCGACUUCCCACCCCGUGAUUCGUCCUCGGAGAUGAAGCCCGACGAUACUUUCCUGAUCUCUUACGUCGUGUACCACCAUUUCCGGUCUCUGGGGUGGGUGGUGCGAUCCGGUGUGAAGUUCGGGAUUGAUUAUCUUCUCUACAACCGUGGCCCGGUCUUCUCACAUGCCGAGUUUGCGGUCGUCGUCGUUCCUUCCUACGUUGACUCGUACUGGUCAGAGACUGAGGAGCGCCGGAAGCACUGCGAAAAGCAAGUGUCCCGCAGCUGGUGGUGGCUGCAUUGCGUCAACCGUGUUCAAGCCCAAGUGAAGAAGAGCUUGGUGGUUUGCUAUGUGGAAGUGCCACCGCCGGCUUCGUACGAUCUGGACGAACCAUCAGAGACUGAUAUUGGGAGACUGCUUGCUCGGUACCAAGUUCGAGAGAUGGUGGAAGAUAGCAUCGAUAUCGCGAGGCUGCAGCGCGUCGCGUUGGGCCAGAAAAUCUCCGAACCUGUGUCAACGACUUCGUCAUCCAACCGCCCCAGCAGCCGCGCGGCGACUCAGCUGGGUAAGAUGGGCUCCACAGAAACGCUCCCGUCGGAUACCCAGUUGAUCUCCCAGCGGGUGUACGAUGAGAUCAUUCGCAAAAACCAGGAAGAAGGUCCUGUCGUGAACCACGACAGUAAUUUUGGGGAUCAAGCUACACUUAUGACCCUGCAUGAAGGGGACAGCGGCCAUCUCGACCUAUUGGCGGGUUACGACCACGUUAAUGCAGAACUGGUCAACAUUGAUGAUAAUGAUGACCGGAGCAGCUCCAAACUAGGGGAGUCAUCGCCUGCGCAUUAUCAGUCAAAUUUGUUUCCCGAAUCGCAGCGAUUCGUGAUGAAGACACCUGCGACUGCUGUGAAGCGAGCUCAUUCAGACGGCCUUGCUACCAUUUCGCCCACUGUCUCACGGAACCCUCUUGCGACAGAGAUUGGGUCGAGUGGUGGGAUCAUGGCUUUAAGCCAAGUGUUCAGGGCUACCCAGGCACCUUCCUCCCCGCUAGUCAAUCGCCAGCAAUAUUCUGAUCUUGUAUCGGACCGGCCCUCGCCCAACAUCCCGAUUCAGAAACACCCUCUCGCCGCAAAUCUGUCGUCCCCUUACGAUCGAAUGGCAGUAACCUUCCCGCGGGACUCUUCAGCGCACAAGCUCAAGUAUAUCUCUAUGCAGGAAUCUCAGGCGAAUCGUGAAAAACUGUUGAAUGAGAGGAUGACUCGUUCGGCGGAUCCUGUGUUCCCCGGUGACCCAAGCGAUGACGACUUUGGCAAGGAGCCUAGCUUUGUCGAACGCAUGAGGCGGCACCGCACGAUAGACGAGGAGAUAGCACCCCAGCUUGCAGGUCUUACGGCACCUGCAAGGUCGGAGGAGAACGAUAGUGAGCAGAGGGCAGCUGCAGAGUCCACUGUUCCGCAGCGGAGUGGUUCGAGCGAAGAAGAGACUGAACAAGAGCAAGAAGACAAUAGGGGUCAGUCCAUCUCACCAUCCACGGAGCAUAUUCCUGCGAGAGAGGAAGACAAAGAAAACUGUCUUGAUCUAGCAGCAACGCCUGUUGCCGCCACCACUAGCGCACAUGAUCGUCUUUCGCAGGCCCUCGCCUUUGAUGGUAGUACUUCACCGGCUCAUGGAAGCCCGGAAAAGCAACAGCUUCAGCCACACCUAGCUCACAACAUCGCUCAUUUGGACGAGCCCUAUGAGCAUGGCAGCUCGUCACAGAUAUCAAUCGUCAGAGAUUCUCAGCGCUCUCCUAGGCAGAGGGAAGCCGACGCAGAAGUCGAGACGAACCGCAGCCGAAGAACAUCACAUUGUCCGGACUCUCAGGUUCAGAUCGAUCCUACGUCGGACAUUGACAGGAUCAUGUCCUCGCCCACAAAGCAAGUCCGCAUGCAAUCUUCCCCGCCCGCGGAAUCGCGUCGUCUUGGACUGUCUUUUGAACUGGGUGAAGUCCAGGACAUGAAUGUUGACGAAUCGAUAUCCGGCGGGCCCCAGCGCUCUCCCACACCGAAAGCCACGCAGGCUCUAGAGGGCAGCUUACUAGAUUCGAGUAAUACAGUGUCUCAGCAGCCUAGAGUUGUAGGUGACAAGCCUUCAACCUUUGAUUUCCGGGGUAAAUCAUCAUCGAUGCCCUCUCGCGUGGCUGAAACACCAGUUCCCCCUAUGGACUUUGCGGAUGCGGUGCCAACGACUAGCAUUCCGGAGACUAGUCCCAACCGACUGGGAAACCAAGGAUGGCCCAAUGACAUGAACAAUAACGAGACAGCGGAUCAGGAAGACGAUGAUCUGCCGCCGGUUUAUCAGGCCGCGCAUGAAAGGGCAUCGCAUUCGCAUCGGGUCGUCUUAAAUAGCUCCUCGCCUCUGAAACCAUCCUUGACCUCAAUUUCGAAGCUUCUAUCAAGCCCGAGUGGGAGGCAACGGAGGGCACUUACGGAGAUUGCUGCUGAUGCCUCACCGAAAGGAGGGACUGGAGCUUUCAACCCAGACAUUGAUAUUAUGUCAGCCGAGGACUGGGAGUUCAAAGCUGCAGUUGCCAGGCAUCAAGACUCGCCGAAGAAGAAACGCCGAGGCAACGACGGACAGGGUGUCAUUGCUUCUGAUCCUAUUCUUCCAGGGACUCCUCGUCUUACCAGUCGUGUUGUACCUCCCCAAGCUGUUUCCCAAGAUCUUGUUGAACCUGCGACGACGAGAACUGUGACUGAGGUGCAGAUGGACAUGCAGCCGGACGCACAGCAGGGAAAUUUGCAGAGCAAAGCAGCGAAGGCUUACCAGAGACGCUCUAGACCUCCUCGGAGCGCGGACAGUGUGUGGGAUAUGGACGAUUCUCCUCCGCGAACCUUCGUUCCGCGCAAACACAAGUCACGAUUGCUGUCUCGUCCACGACUGUUGAAUCGACAAAGGUCUGUAGAGACUGAGCGAGGCGGAUCAUCGAGCAAGGAGCGGUCGGGAAUUGCGCAGCAACGCCAAGCAAUCAGCCCUGUGCCUGAGGAACCACGCAGCGAUAUCACCAUUCAAGAUCCGAUAGAGACGUCGGCCACGGGCAGUCCUGCCACGGAUAAUAAAGUCCCAGUCGCAGCAAACCAGGUCUUCGCUCCCUGGUGUGGAACAAAGCGUGCGUACUAUCCGGCAACGUGUUUUGGCAAGCCAUUCGGAACGUCGCAGUCUCGGUAUCGGGUAAAGUUCGAAGACAGUGCACCCGUGGACAUUUCAAUGGGAGCUGUCAAGAGAUUGGAACUCCGUCCCGGCGAUGCCGUCAAAGUGGACAUGCCGAACGUGCCCAAGGUCACGCAUGUUAUUCGGAGCUUUGUCCGCAAGCUGAGCAUAGACGAGAUUGAACAGGGCGCCGCGAACGGGGUGAUUCCCAUGACGGAUAUCUAUGGCUAUUCAGCUGUGAUGGUAGGCCCCAAGCAGCGCAAGAGUCUUCCUAAUGCCGGCUUGGCCGUCACUGAGAGCCUCAUUGAAGUGCCAAUCUCCAAGAUCUACCUCGACACAAUUUUGUGGAACCAACUCAAAGAUCGCGCCUUCACCUAUAUCUCCGAACCAGUGUUUCUUGAGCGCGGCGCUCCAACACCAUCGGAGAGACUUUCCACGCCUAUCUCCUCUCCUGGCGCGCGCCUGUCACGCAGCAUCCGCUUCUCAAAUGGUUUGUUCGCCGGAAUGGUAUUUGCCGUCUCUUUUGGCGACAACAACGAGGCCAAAGCUCGCGUGGUAAAAAUGAUACUAGAAAACGACGGGCGCAUCUUAGAAGAUGGAUUCAACGAGCUUUUCGAUCUGCCGCUGAACGCCCCCGUCGCCACUCCCACCAAGCAGCCACCCACGGAAUCGAACACACAGCAUGACCUCCUCCAGCUCAGCAGCAGCUCCGCGGACGUAGGCUUUGCCUGCUUGAUCGCAGACAGACAUUCUCGCCGAUCAAAGUACAUGCAGGCUCUAGCGCUUAACCUCCCAUGUCUCUCAGACCGCUGGAUUGAAGACUGCGUCGCGCGAGGCCGGGUCAUCGACUGGGAGAUAUACCUCCUCCCCGCCGGAGAAUCCACAUACCUCAACGGAGCCACCAAGUCACGAAUCCUAACGCCGUACCCGGCCACCGAGGCACGACUCUCGGAGACCAUCGCCGGAAGACCUAAUCUCCUGAACGGGCAGUCCGUUCUCCUAGUCACAGGUCGCAGUGGCCGCAGCGACGAGGAGCGACGCAAGGCCUACCUAUUCCUGACCUAUGCUCUCGGGGCGUCGCGGAUCGAGCGUGUCUCAGACUUGAAGUCUGCUCGAGCCAUCCUGAACGCACAGACUGAGGACGGGCCCGUCCGCAAGCGCAGCUGGGAUUGGAUCUACAUCGAUGACGAUGACAAACCAUCUGCGAGAGCGAUGGCCCUGAGCUCGGCGGGAGUGUCUGGCGCUGGCUCUAACUCGCGCAAACGGAAGCGGACCAAGCUCGUGGAGUCGGUAACCGGCGACGAUCUUGGGUUGAGCACGAAUGUCAGGAUUGUGGGGAAUGAGUUCGUCUGCCAGAGCUUGAUUCUGGGUCGAUUGUUCGACCAGUGA